CGAUCACCGUUGGUACCUUGGGGAUCCAUCCUCCGGUCUUUGAAUCACGUGCAUGCCACUCGAAGUAUCCCAAACGCACUCUACGUCACGUGCACCUCACGUGUCGCCGCUUUAUAUGCGAAGAAACGGGAGUCCGCGGAACAACGAGAAGAGGAACAAGUGCACUGCCAUGAACCUCCAGGUGCAGAAGAACACUCUCUACGUAGGAGGGCUGGCGGAGGAGGUGAACGAGUCGAUCCUGCACUCGGCAUUCAUCCCGUUCGGGGACAUAAAGGACGUCAAGACCCCGCUGGACCAGGCCACCCAGAAGCACCGCUCCUUCGGCUUCGUCACCUUCCUCGAGCGCGAGGACGCCGCCGCCGCCAUGGACAACAUGGAUGGCGCCGAGCUCUACGGCCGCGUCCUCACCGUCAACUACGCCUUCCCCGAGCGCAUCAAGGGAGGCGAGCAGGGCUGGGCCGCCCAACCCAUUUGGGCGGAUGCUGAUACAUGGUUUGAGAGGCAACAACAGGAGGAGGAAAUGCAGCGUCUGCAGGCAGAACAGCAAGCUGCCAUGAAAGCAGCAGAGGAGCUGCAUAGGAAGAAGUUGGCUGAAGAGCGAGAAGGAGAGAAGGAAGAAGAAACGGAAACAAAGGCUGAUCCUAUGGCUGCAGCUGAAGCAGAGGCCUUGAAACAACAGAAUGCUUGAACCAUCUACACUCUAGAAUUCACACUGAAGAAGACCGUGUUUAAAAGUGACUUUUGUGUGCUGUCUGUUUGUUAGACUAUAAAAAAUUAAGGUUCUGUUGUGUUUUCUUUCAGAGUAUUCAGUUGUCAUUACUCAUAUUGUAACUUCCGUGACAAUGGUUGUUUAGAACUGGAAAAGUAAAUCAGUUGACUUUUUGCCAAAAAAAUAUUUGGGUAA